UCCAAUUCAAAUCAUUGAAUCAUUAACACCUCAAUCCGAUCGAUCAUCAGCAAAUCAAUUGAAUUCUUUUGAUCAAGUCACUGGCUAAUUUCCAACUACCUCCCUCACCGAAUCUUGAGCCAAAAUCUACCCUUCAAUUUCUCCUUCCCGAUGCAGGGAUGAACGCCGUGCAGCUGCCGGGCCACCGCCGCCGAUGCCCCAUCGUGGCAUCCAACACGCCAAAGCCUCCCCUUGCCUUCUCGCCGACCUUAACCGCCACAUCUCCGCCGGCCGCCUCGCCGAUGCCGUCUCUGUCCUUCCUUUCCUUGCCCGCCACGGCCUCCGCCCACCAACCCGCACUCUCUCCCUACUUCUUUCUCACUGCCUUCACUCCCCUGCUUCCCUCCCCUUAGCCAGCCGCGUCCUCAACUUUCUCCAUUUCACCGCUCUUAAGCCCGUUUACCCCUCCCACACCUUUCUCUCCAAUCAAAUCCUUCAUCUCCACUUCCUCCUUGGCCGCUCCGACCGCGCCCAAGACCUGUUCGGCAAAAUGCCUCAACCAAACGUUUUCUCAUAUAACACAAUGCUUGCAGGAUACGUCCGACUCGGCUUGAUAGCUCAUGCUGUUAACCUAUUUAAUUGUAUGCCGCAUCGGGACCUCGUGUCCUGGAACACCAUCAUCCUCGCCCUUGCCCGCACUGGCGCGGCAGCGGAGGCUGCGGCAUUCUACUCCCGCCUCCGUAGCUCCACCCUCGUUGUCAAUGCUCAUACUUUCUCUGCUCUACUUACUGCCUGCGCCAGCCUUGCUGAUAAAAGCCUCACCUUGCAAGCCCACGGGCAGGUUCUGGUUGCUGGUUGGUCUUACAAUCUAGUGGUUUCGAGCUUGCUCCUUGAUGCUUAUGCUAAGCACGGGAUAAUAAAGGAUUCAAGGAAGGUGUUUGAUCAAAUUCCUGUUAGGGAUGUUCUUGCUUGGACUGCAAUGGUGUCUGCCUAUGCCAAGGGCGGGGAUAUGGGUUCUGCUCGGCAGCUGUUUGAUGAGGUGCCCGAGAAGAAUCCUGUCUCAUGGACAGUGCUUAUUGGUGGGUAUUUACGCAAUGGUCUUGCAUUUGAAGCUUUGAAUUUGUUCCGAAUUAUGGUUGAUGAUGGUGUUCAACCUGAUCAAUUCACUUUUAGCAGCUGUAUUUGUGCUGCUUCUGCAAUUGCUUCAGUUAAACAUGGCAAGCAAAUACAUGCUCGCCUCUUUAGAACACAUUUCAAACCAAAUGCGAUUGUUCUUAGCUCUCUUAUUGAUAUGUACUCCAAAUGCGGGGAUUUGGAGGCUGGUCGUCGAGUUUUUCGUCAUUCAAGUGUCAUCAGGAGGGAUGUAGUUAUGUGGAAUACUAUUAUAUCUGCUGUAGGUAGUCAUGGUCAUGGGAGAGAGGCAAUUAAAUUGUUUGAGGAAAUGGUUAGUAUUGAGAUCAAGCCUGAUUCUAACACAUUUGUUGUUCUUCUUACUGCAUGCAGCCAUUCAGGUCUAGUGCUUGAGGGUUGGCAAUUUUUUGAGUCCAUGGCUGAGAAACAUGGCAUUGUACCUGAAGAAAAUCAUCUUGUUUGCUUGGUGGACCUUUUGGGAAGGGCUGGUCGAUUCGAGGAAGCAAUGGAGUGUUUGGGUAAAGAACCCUGUAAAUUUAGUUCAAGAGCUUGGAAUGCAUUGCUUGGAGCUUGUAAGAUACAUGGAAAUUUACUGCUUGGAGAGCAAAUUGCUCAGCGACUUUUGGAGUUGGGGCCACAGUCUUCUGGUUCUUAUGUUCUACUCUCUAAUAUAUAUGCAGAGGAUGGGAAGUGGAUGUCAGUGGAAAAUGUGAGACAUUCCUUGCAGGAGAAAGGAAUGAGAAAAGAGUACGCUACAAGCUGGAUAGAAGUGGAUAAUGUGGUUCCUUCAGUAGAAACUUCUACAAAUUCACCUUUGAAAGAGAACUUGCAUGAUAUUUUGAGCUCAAAUAUCAGUCUUCUCGGGACAAACCGCAUACUUGAGCUAUUCACUGAGUUAAUGGAACAUUUUAUUUUAGCUAAAACGAUCAGCGAACACCAUUGCCCGCUCACCGCCGACCAACAACGUCCACUAUUGCUUGACUAAUACCGACAUUCGCCUUCACCCAACUGCGAACCGUUGGCUGAUACUGGCUCCCAUCACUCCUUUUUAUUCCUCUGACAUUUCCCACUACUCUGAUUGAGGAAUAGCAUAGCAGUUUAUAAUUUUUAAUCUUGCCUUUUCUAGUUUUUUAGAAGGCAGAUUCUUGUAAAAGUCAAAUAAUUUGUUUUAUUAGGUCAUAUCCCAUAAAUUUUCUCUUCCUGAGUUUUUCAAGUAAAAUCUCUUGUGCAUCUUGUGAGA